GCCACUGGUAGGUUGCUAUGGCCGGAGGAGCGGUGAGUAAGACACGUGCUGAUUGGAGAAGCGCAAACCCGCAGCAAAUCCGCCGCGCCGUUGCUGCCACGCGGGUCGCGACGGGGGAAGCGUCCGGAGAGGCGAGAAAGUAGUUGUGAGGCGGCGGUAGAGACUCGUCAGUGCCCGGUCCCCAUGGCGUUCAGUUUCAGGAGAGGCCGGAGAGGCCCCUUCAAACAUAUAGCUCAUGGCCUGGUCCCUGCCGCUACCAUAGCUCCUAAACCUGCAGUUCCCCGCACCCCUCCCCCUCGUAGUCCAAACCCUUCUCCAGAAAGGCCCAGAUCUGCUCUAGCGGCAGUUAUCCUUACAACAGCCCUCACAGGGCAGACUGUUGCUAUUCCUCAGCCUCGGCAGCGAUCGCUUUCUGAAAGUGAUUCCACCCAUGUGGAAGAAGAAUGCUUUGAACCAUAUGCGACAGUCGCAGAGCUCAGAAUGGGGCCCAACUGGAAACUUGAUGGUAAUGACAGAUCUCCUGUACAGUCCCUGGAAAUAUCAGGCAAUUAUUGUGAGGAUGAGGACAUGGAUCUUUCAGAUGCUGAUAAGGAGGCAGAGUCCAGCUGCCAGAGUAAUGAGAAAAGAGGAGAAAGCUUUAGCACCAAUGCUAUUUAUGCUCUUCCCCACAAAAAUAAAAGGGAAGAGUUUCCACCAUGUCCCAGUACUGAUGCUGACAAGAAAGAGGCGCCUUCUCAUGAGUUUCAGGUGCUGGUAGAUGAGUCAAACGUGCAAAUAGAAGCAGAAGACGAACAGCCUGUCAUGAAUUUAAAGGAAGAGAAAUCAUUAGUGGAAAAUCUGAUAUGUGAGAAGCCUCCACCAUCCCCAGAUGUGUCUAUUCGGGCAAGACAAGCACGGGAAAAUAUGACUAAAGAAAAGCUCAGAGAACUAAACCAAGCAAACUGGUCUCUGAACAAGGCGUAUCAGACUGUGGUCCAACAAUAUGAGGGAAUAAAACAGCAAAUGGAAGAACAGCAAUUAAAGCUGAAGAGACUAGAACAAGAAAACAGAAGACUUAAAGAAGCUGCAGAGAAGUCACAUAAAGAGGAGGCUGCGGAAUUACUUUCUCUCAGACAACAAGCACAAGAACUGGUAGAUGAAAACGAUGCUUUGAAAAUGACAGUCCAUCGUUUAAAUGUAGAAUUAAGUCGCUAUCAAACUAAAUUCAGGCCAUUGUCCCAAGAAGAGCAUCUAAAACUGAAAGGUUUACCAAUGAAAGGACCACCACCACCAUGGCUGUUGGAUAUGAAGUAUUUGUCACCUCUUCUGUUGGCAUAUGAAGAUAGAAUAAGAGAAAAGGAAGAUUUAAAUCUUGAACAUGAGGAGGAUAUGAAGAAUUUUAAAGCACGAGUGGAAGAGUUGGUGAAGGAGAAUGAAGACCUGCAUGAGCAAUUAAAUAAAAGUAACUUUAUUACCCCUACAGAAUGGCAGCAGCUACAAACUCAGGCCAAGCUGGUCUUGGAAGAAAACAGAUUGUUGAUGGAGCAGCUCGAAAUUCAACAAGCUAAAGCAAAAGACAGUCACAGACAACACGUUCAAGAAGCUUCAAAAUUGACCAAACAGAUAAUGAUCUUAGAAGAUAAGAAACAGAGUCAAGAAGAAGAGAUAGCAGGGUACCAGAAGCAGUUGGAAGCUUUGCGUUCUACUUGUGAAGAGCUGAAAACCAAAGUGGAUAGCAGAAUAGCAGCAGAGGAGCACUUUGCUUUGGUGAAUGAUUUAAGAAGCCAUUUACAACAGGAGCGGGAGAAAAAGCACUCUGAGGUGGAGGAUCUGAUGGGGAAGAUAACCUCACUGCAAGCUCAAAACAAGAAACUGAUUUUAGAGAAAAAUAACUUCAUGGCUGACAACAAGAUCCUGGAAACUGAGAUGGAGAUGACGAAAAAGACAAACAGGCGAUUAAAGAAGAAAAUAGAUCUUUUGAAACUGCAGUUGGAGGAAGCAAUUGAAAAAGAAGUUGCAGCCCAUCACUAUCUAACAAACCUUAUUGGUUUGGUGCAGAAGAUAGCUCAGGAACGUGACCAUCUUAUUUUUUUGGCCAAAUGUUUGGAAAAUGAGAAUCACGGUGUUCUCAACAAAAUAGUAGAAGGCAGUCUACGCUUGGGAAGACUGGAAGAAAAAGUUAAAGUAUAUAAAAAGAAAGCAGCUGGGAAGCUUGAAGAUAUCAGUCUCAAAAUGACCGAGCAGGAGAAGGAAUUUGCUGGGAAGACGGCUCAGUACCAGCAAGAAAUGCAGCACCUCCGGAGCCUGCUGCAGGACAAACAGGAAACCCUGGAUGAAGUCUUGCAGCAGAAAAAGAAAGUGGAAGGGGAACUUGAAAUCAUUUGGGAAUCCACAUCCAAAGAAAACAGGAGAAUGAGAGAACUCCUACAUAAAUCCCUGGGGAAGAACACAUGGAGUGCUGUCGCAGUUCAUGAGCCAGACUUGGAUGAAACCACUCAGAAAGCCCUGGUUUAUGGACAUGAUUUUAGCUAUUGCGAUGUGAAACCUGCAUCCCCUGCUCAGAAUGAAAUUCAACAAGAAUCUUAGUGACGGGAAUAAAGAUGCGUUACACAUCUCAUCCAAGAGAACUCAGUGCCUGACCUGGACUUCACCAACACCACAAGAUGCAAUACAACAUUUACCCACUUCAAAGUUACUCUAUUUUCUUAUUGUCAUCAAAAUGACAACAGCAUAUUUUUUAUAGCUUUGAAAAUCAAGUAUUUUAUGCCAUAUUUUUCAAGAUAGGCAUCUGAGUAUAUAAACGGAACCUUGGAACUGCCUAUGCAAAUGAUUUAUGUAUUUGCAUCAUGUGUUUUUAUUUGUCCUUUUGAAAACAUCAAGUUUUAGUAAAAAUCAACAGCUUCACAGGGAAA